AUGUCGCGGGCCGGGGUUUUCCCCGACCGGUAUACUCUUCCGAUUGUUCUUAAGGCAGUGUGUCAAUCUUUUGCAAUUGAGCUUGGUAAACAGGUUCAUUCGACUGGUAUAAAGCUUGGGCUUCAAUCCAAUGAGUAUUGUGAAACUGGGUUUAUCAAUUUGUAUUGUAAAGGUGGUGAUUUUGAUAGUGCUUGUAAGGUGUUUGAUGAAAAUCCCGACCCAAAGCUUGGUUCUUGGAAUGCUGUAAUUGGUGGGUUAUCCCAAGGUGGACUUGCCAUGGAUGCUAUACAUGUGUUUCUUAGUAUGAGGAGGCGUGGAUUUGAACCGGAUGGAAUUACCAUGGUUAGUGUUACAUCGGCUUGUGGAAGCGUUGGCGAUUUGUACUUGGCAAUGCAAUUGCAUAAAUUUGUUUUUCAAGCUAAAGCUAGUGAGAAGACUGAUAUUUUAAUGUUGAAUUCACCGAUUGAUAUGUAUGGAAAGUGCGGGCGGAUGGACUUGUGUGGGCGGAUGGACUUGGCUUAUAGAGUUUUUGCAGAGAUGGAGAGCCGGAAUGUGUCGUCGUGGACAUCGAUGAUUGUGGGUUAUGCGAUGCAUGGACAUGUGAAGGAAGCGCUUGAUUGCUUUCAGUGUAUGAGGGAGUCAGGUGUGAAGCCUAAUUAUGUGACUUUUAUUGGAGUGCUCAGUGCUUGUGUGCAUGGAGGGACGGUUCAAGAAGGAAGAUUUUACUUUGAUAUGAUGAAGAAUGUUUAUGGCAUAACACCCAAACUGCAACAUUUUGGAUGUAUGGUGGAUUUGCUAGGUCGGGCGGGAUUGUUCAACGAUGCGAGGAGAAUGGUGGAGGAGAUGCCUAUGAAGCCGAAUUCAGUAGUAUGGGGGUGUUUGAUGGGUGCUUGUGAGAAAUAUGGGAAUGUGGAUAUGGCAGAGUGGGUAGCUGAGCAUUUGCAAGCAUUGGAACCGUCGAAUGAAGGCGUUUAUGUCGUUCUGUCAAAUAUUUAUGCCAAUGAAGGCUUAUGGAAGGAAGUGGAGAGAAUAAGAUCAUUCCUGAAAGAAGAAAGUCUUGCCAAGGUUCCUGCUUAUAGCAUCACAACAAAUUCAGAUUGA